CAACUAGGAAGCAACACAGUUUCCUUUUCUUUCCUUGCAGCUUCUUCUUCUUCUUCUUCAUCAUUAUUAUUAAGGGCUUGGCUUAGCUUGGCUUGGCCAUGGCCAGAAGAGUACAGAUCUUGGCCGUUUGGUUAGUAGUCUGUGUUUUGCCUUUUGGUCUCCAAGUUAGGGCAAGCCAUGGAGUGAAGGAAGAAAGAGAGAAACGACAACAACGAGAAGAAGAAGCUCGUGAUAGGAUUGUGGAACUUCCUGGGCAACCAAAGGUCUCUUUUCAGCAGUUUUCAGGUUAUGUCACCGUUAGCCGAGUCGCCGGUAGAGCCCUCUUUUACUGGCUCACUGAGGCUGUUCAUGAACCCUUGUCAAGGCCUCUUGUCGUUUGGCUCAAUGGAGGACCCGGUUGCUCAUCUGUGGCAUAUGGUGCAUCUGAAGAGAUAGGCCCAUUUAGAAUUAACAAGACUGCCUCAGGACUAUACCUCAACAAGUUCUCAUGGAACACUGUGGCCAACCUCCUGUUCUUGGAAACUCCGGCCGGUGUCGGAUUCUCUUACAGCAACCGCUCCUCCGAUCUGCUUGAUACCGGAGACCGCCGCACCGCAAAGGACUCACUAGAAUUCCUCAUCCGAUGGCUGGACCGAUUCCCAAGAUACAAAGGCCGAGAAGUGUUUCUCACUGGAGAGAGCUACGCAGGCCAUUAUGUACCUCAACUCGCUAGAGAGAUCUUGAUCUACAACAAACGGUCCAAGAACCCCAUAAAUCUUCGUGGAAUUAUGGUGGGGAACGCAGUGACAGACAACUACUAUGAUAACGUAGGGACAGUGACAUACUGGUGGAGCCAUGCGAUGAUAUCUGAUAGAACGUACAAGCAGCUCAUCAACACGUGUGACUUUCGCCGACAGAAGGAGACUGACCAAUGCGAGUCCAUGUAUAGCUAUGCCAUGGACAAGGAGUUUGGCAAUAUUGACCAGUACAACAUCUAUGCACCCCCUUGCCACAUCAACUCCGACGGCAGCGCCACCGCCACCCGCCACUCCAUGCAUCUGCCUCACCGCCCCUAUUCGAUGAUGUUCCGGAAGUUAUCAGGCUAUGAUCCGUGUACGGAGAAAUAUGCUGAAAUUUACUACAACAGGCCGGAUGUGCAGAAAGCACUCCACGCCAACAUAACAAGAAUUCCUUAUAAAUGGACUGCUUGUAGUGAGGUUUUGAAUAGAAAUUGGAACGACACAGAGGUUUCUGUUCUUCCAAUUUACAAGGAGAUGAUAGCUGCUCGUUUGAGAGUUUGGGUUUUCAGUGGAGAUGUGGAUUCGGUGGUGCCAGUCACAGCCACAAGGUUUUCCCUUGCACGACUCAAUUUACCAACCAAAAUUCCUUGGUACCCUUGGUAUGUCAAAAAGCAGGUGGGAGGGUGGACAGAAGUGUAUGAAGGAUUGACAUUUGCAACAGUGAGAGGAGCAGGUCAUGAAGUCCCACUUUUCAAGCCCAGAGCAGCACUUCAGCUAUUUAGAUCAUUUAUUGAAGGAAACCACCUUCCCAAGUCUUGAAAAAAAAAAAUAUUGAAAAUUAAAGAAGGGGAUAAAGCAAGAUGUCCCAACAAAUUUGAUUACUAAUUUAUUCUGAAAUUGUUGUUUUUCUAGAAGAUGAAAUAUGUAAUCGGUGACAAACAAGUAGAGAAAGUAGAAAGAGAAAGAGAAAGAGAGAAUUGUACUAUUGUGCAAUGGGUAAGGCAAAAGGGAAUUAAUCAAGAAGGUUUUGCUUGUACUAAUUAU